AUUAUCUGUUCUUUGAGCCACGAUGCUAUAAGAUCCACCUAGGUUUCUUUCCCUAUCGCUUAGUUUACCUACUUGAGCAUUAAAGUCACCAGCCACUAUUACUGCAUCAGAGCGCCUAGCUUUUCGGAGAAGGUCCGAAAGCUUUCUGUAAAACUCAUCUUUUACAUCAUCUGAGCUGCAGUCAGUGGGAGAAUAGGCAUAGACGACGAAGAGGCAACGACGAGUGUCCCUAUCUUUUCGGAUCCUUACUGUUCCGUUCAGUCGGACAGCGCACAAACGACUGUCUACUGGGAUCCACUCUAAGAGAGCUAGUUCUGCCCUGGGACUCAAUGCUAUACCUACGCCGGCGAGGCAACGGGAAGCAGAAUCAGGGCUUCCAGAUACACGAAGCGUAAAUCUAGUCGGUUCUUUAUUUAGGCCUGGUGAGGUCAAAUGAAUGACGCUACUCUGAUCCUGUAUGCGCGUUUCGGAGACGCAGCACACAUCGAUGGCUCGAGAUUCUAAAGUCCUAGCUAAGGAAGCCUGCUGUCCUAUUUGGCACAGUGUUCGGACGUUAAAAGCUCCUACGUGUAGUUUAGAGCGUGGUUUCAGGAGACCAGGAACAGCGUUCCACGUACUCGAAUCGUUUGCCCUAGCGGUGCGAGGUAAUAAAGAGACGUGAGGAGGGUUAGUCAUGGAGAUAAGAGAGGUAUUAGGAGGUGUAGGAAGGAUUUGAAUGUGACCAACUUGGUCUCGUGUGCUGUUACGGGUAUGAGGGCUGAUAUCACUUUCCGGCUGCCCACACCGUGGAAGGGUAUUUCUUGAGGAACCUGAAGAGGAAGUUGGAUUAAUGUUGGCCUUAACGACCUGGGAGCGUGACCGCAGAGCUCAAGGGACAACUGCUUGGGGCCGGUCGCGCACGGCCUUUUUGUGGGAGGUUUUUGACGUGUUAGCUCCGUUCUUCAAAGGACCUUACCGCCGGAGACGGAAAUCCGUGAGGUAAGGUGAGAUGUGACAUUUUUAGGGUCGACCUUUUCCAACCCGACCCCUCCUUGUGGGAAGGCAGCAUCGCUGUCAUGCUGGUUGUCUGAAGGAAACACCUUACUGCUGUCACACCUCUGUACAGUCAGCAGUACGACUUCGCCCUCAAACCUUGGGUUGCUGCUUUUAGUCUUACCGUUCUCCAAUCGACCUGCCUGGCAUGGUAGGACCUACAGGAACAUAUGUUCCAGUCAAUAUAGCUCGGUUGGGUCAUCACGAUAGGCAAGCCCGACCCCCGCGUCAAGGUAGCAGCUUCGGUCGGGUAUUUUUAAUGUCCUCAAACGUAUUACGGCCUUUUGUACGGGGUCUAGCUAUCCAACCACAUUUUACGCUCUCGAAUGUGUCUACCUCUAUUAGAUCACGGUAAAUCCUAGUUGUCUUUGUUAGCUUCACACCACGACGCAGGUUUAAAAUCACUAUUGUGUUCUUGCUGGUAGGUUAAUAAGUUUCACUUUUGUCCUUUUCCUCUUUGGCCAGCCUAAACAUGUCCUUUGUAAAUUCAGUUAUUUUAGUUAUUUAUUUACUUAAACACACAAACAUUGGUACAAGGAGGCACCAAAUAGAUAUGUGCCACGUAAAUCAUUCGAUUUGUGCGAGGGCUGGGAUACUGCCCGGGUGCCAAAACCGAAGCCGGUAGUUUAGAUACUGUAACACUUAUGUCUAAUUAGGGAUAUAUAUAUAUAUAUAUAUAUCAGCUUCAACUGGCGAUAGUCACUCGUUUUCUAAGAAAAUAUAUUAUUUCUGACAGAUCGUUUACUAGUAUAAUAAAUUCCUGAGUAAAUUCGACAAUUUACGUUCCGAAUAACGGAUUUAGGAGUAUUAAGGUUUGUUCCAAAGAAAAAGAUCCAAGGCUUCUAAUUUAUUGUUGUCUGACAUUUGACUAUCCUACCAAUCAUAGACAAGUAGUACAUUCAAACCAUUCUAGACAGAAAAUAAUACAUUUUUGUUACAACCUUCUUAGUAAAUAACUGACUAUUAUUAAGUGAAAUAGUGUUAUAAAUCCAAAUCAUUUGUGAAAAUCUUAAGUAUGACUUCGACUCCAGUAUACAUUUUUUGUGUUAUUUGUUUGUUUCAUAUUUUUUAUUUUUAUAACUCAGCAUAUAGGCAACUGGAGAUGUCAGACGAUGUUGAACUUUCUACCGAGCUUAACAAAAUCGUUUUGUCGGAAAAAUGUCAUAGUGAAAAGAAAUACUUUUCAGUUCAGCCAAUUGAACCUCUAUUCACAGAUACGCAAAAUGGAAUCACUUUUCGGCAGUAUAUUGGCGAAUCAGAUCUAAACAGUAUUAUCCAUCUCAUUGCUAACGAUCUCUCCGAACCUUAUUCCAUAUAUACUUAUCGAUAUUUUAUAUACAACUGGCCCAAACUGUGUUUAUUGGCUGUUAGUGAAGACGGAACUUGUGUGGGCACAAUUGUUUGUAAAAUGGAAGGUAGUAUAGGAACUGUUCGAGAAGGAUAUAUAGCUAUGCUUGCUGUUGAAGAAAAUCACCGUAGAAUUGGCAUUGGAUCACGAUUGGCUCAACUUGCAAUCGAACUUAUGAUUCAAGAUAGGUGUGAUGAAGUGAGAUGACAUUUUCAACAUUUUUCUUUCUACAUUUGUAUCAACAGUAUCAUUGUACUGUUUUCACAUUCAUCCGAUUCUUUUCUGUCAUGUUAUUAUUUGUUAUUCAUCAUUACCCGAGAUAUUCAUCAAUACUAAAAUUUGAUUAUAAUCAUAAAUUCUCAGAAUAAUCGAACAGCGUUUUCCUCCCUUCUGUAACUAUAAAAUAGGCAAUACUCACUUAGUGUAAUCCUAGUGGUCGAAGCAUUCAACCUCCAACUCCAUCGGAACCUCAUCUCAAUUUCACUUUAGUCAGCUGAAUAGCGUUUUUAGCCUUUCUGCGGAAUGUAUUAUUCAAAGCUGGAUACACAACUUCCCUAAUUGUUAAGUUGUAUUAGAUUCUACAAUAUUAGUACUCGUUUAGGCAUAUAGUUUUGUUAGAAAGGAAUCUCUAAUAGGAAUUUGGAUUUCCAGAGGAUUAUUCAGCCUAGACCGGUGUGUGCUUUUACAUAAAUAGGCAAGUGGAACGUUUACUUCUUCCAGUUUAUUUUCCAUGCUAUCUUUACAAAAUAGGGGACACCACUGCUGUUUCAUUCCACUUUAUCCACCCGCGCUAUGUCAUUCAAUCAUUCAUGCUAAGAAAGUCGUUAAUUUUCCUUUAACAACUCCCCAGCCUGUCUCGUUGUCGUAACCUUUUCAGUGAUAUAAAUCAGUUGGUUAUAAUCAGCGUGGAGCCUGACACAAAUGUACGUUAGCCCAAUUCUUUAUACCGAAUCAGCAUCACGGUAUUAACCAAGUGAGCCAUCAUAGUAGGCAAGGCUGGUCACUGCAUUGAGGUAAUACACAUCGAACUGGCACUGAUUUGUUGUUGUGGUAAAAGUCAUAAACCUCAUCGUAAAUACUACUCAUCAGUUCUCAACAGCCUGUCAUCCGAUUUCUAAAUUCCUCGUGUGUAUGAUAAACUUUCAUAUGUUUUUAUACUUCACUUCUUGUAUUGUUUUAGAUCUCUUUAGAAGCAGAAGUUGACAACAAAGCAGCCCUUUCACUUUAUGAGCAGCUGGGAUUCUACAGAGAUAAAAGGCUUCUUCGUUAUUAUUUAAAUGGAAGAGAUGCUUUUCGGCUAAAAUUGUGGCUUACGCCACGUAUGACCAAUGGUCUUUUAUAGUUUCAUUAUUCACUUAUUAUGUAUUCGACUUAUUAGUCAUUGUAAAUACUUGCUUUAUUUUCGUUAAACUUGUGUAAUUUAGUUUCUUGGUUUACGUUCACUAAAAUUUCGUCCACCAAGAGAUAUCAUAUAACAUGUAAACUGAAUGUUCAUUUCAUUCUUUAAAAUACAUAGUAAUCCUGAUCUAUAUGUGUUUUUAUCCGACGAUAAAUCUGUUUAAUGCACCUGAAAACGGAUUCUCAAUUUAUUUGUUUUAAAAGUCUUUUCGGUUGUAGAGUGAAAUUAACGAUAUUCAUAGAAUAGUUAACAAAAAUGUCCGUGAUGAAACAAGUAAAUACCCCUGCUUUUUGCUCCGAAACAUACCAAGCUGUUCUUGCUGGUAAAGGUUAUCAACAAAUAAUCCUGAAUCAACGUACAUAUUACCUCCUGUUCUACCCAGAAACCACAUUUUGGCUGAAAUUUACGUGGCAACUGUAAUUUUGUCGGGUUUCCAGUAUCCAAAAUUAUCAUUGAAGCUAUACAUAUUUCAAGUAUCUUGCAUGUACCUGAUUUGUAUUGCAAUUGCAUUUUACGGGAAGAUACGUACUUAAGUAUUAUUAAAUUAAUGUAUACUUCUUAGUUUUCUAGUCAGUAAUUAAUAUUGUUCUUUUGUGCAUUUAGUGAUCUAUAGGCAGUGGACAGCUGCCUGUUUGGGCAAGGAGGAUUCCACGUGCGUUUAGUGUAAGAGUAAACACUCGAGAUUUAAUAGCUCUUAUCAAAACCAAAGUUUGGCAACAUUUUCAUGUACAAAAAGUCUUAUUCUCAACACUUUAUAACGACAUAGCCAUUUAUUUAAUAAGUCGUUAAACUCAUCUUGUUUAUUCAUCAUGUUAAAUGUCAUUGGCUGUUUUAGUAGCUGUUGGCGAAUUUCAUCGAGUGUUCAUUUAUUUCUAUUAGCAAGUAGGCGAGAUCACUAUUAUGGCGUUGGCACUUCGGUGCAAUAAGUGAAUUCGUAAAGCCAAGUGUUGAUUUUAGAAGUUUGUAUUUGUUAUAAACCCUACUUCUAAGUAUCGAGUAAAACUCUAAGAUAACUACUAUUAAGAACAAGUUGUAAAUUAGAUGUAAAGCUAUAUGAUGUCCGUUCAAUAUGAUACAUUUAGUACUUUCCUAAUUUAAAGUGUCAUCAAGUUCUUAGGCAAAAUAAAAUGAUCCCACUUCGUUUCCAUAAGUUCUCAUAAACUGUUCGCAACCCGUGGUUUUUUCGAAAUAAAAAUUACAAACUAGAUUAAU